UCAGGAAGGAUGCUGGAGGUUUGGUUUUCCACUAGUUACCACAGCCACAGAGUCAAAAUGGACUAUAUCGUAAAAAAUAGGUUUAUGGGCAAAAUUUAAGGUUAGGCAAGUUAGCAGUGUGGUUAGGUUUAAAAUCUGAUUUUAAGAAGAACAAUUGUAGAAAUGGGCGGAGUGUAGCCAUAAUUGUGACUUUGUGGUUGUGGUAACUAGUGACGACCAGAGGCUUAAUGUAAAUCCAAAGAUACUCCUUUCUCUACCAUCUCUAGUACAGUUUAUCUGUAACAAAACGUUGAUGAGAACUAUGCAGAAGGUUACUCUGAUUUUCUGCUCUGUCCUCUGUUUCGUUUUUCCUUCCCUAAAUAAUUUUACCGAGAGGGAAGAAGGAUGUAGGGCAGCCCGAGGUUGGUCCUGGGUAUUAUCCUCCCAUGAUGCAUCACCUACAGAUGCCAGAGCAGGGCCUCAGACAGUGGAUGGAGGGGACUCAUGACUCUGGGCCCCACAGCCCUGAGGUCCUGGCUAAAGUCAAAGGCAUGGGCACACUUCAGAUCCGAGGAGCCACUAAAUCCAAUCUGAUCAGCCAGGCCAUUCCCAUCUACAGAUUUGGAAUCCUACUGUACAUCCUCUUCAUCAUAUUUAAGAUGACAACUAGGCCUAAAGGAAAAAGUACUAAACUGGUAUGCCGAUUUCCUACAAUGUCAUCUGAAGCUUGGCAGAAGAAGAGGACAGAUGAUGAGCUGCUGGAGACAGAGAGGGUGAUGGAGAGGAUCGUCUCCAGAAGGAGCAGCACUCCUGACAGCAGGACUAGCAGCAAGGUUAGAAGAGCAUCCAAGCAGGAGAAGUUACUGCAGAAACUGAGUAAAAUCAGCUGGUACGACUGAUGCAGGAGGUACGACUGAUGGAGGGAGCCACACCUGAGUUGGAGGCUGAGAUGGUGCCCUAUGCUGCUGACUGGAAGGGCUACCCUGAGAAGACCUACCCCCAGUAUGAGGAGCCCGGAGGCAGGCGCAGCGGCAGUUAUGACCCCAUCACCAUCCUGGAGGAGCCUGCUGCUGACUCAGAUACCCACUGCUGAGGCCCUGGCUGAGGAGGUGGUGGAUGAGGAAGAGGUAAAAGAAGAGGAUGCAGAGGAGGAGCAGUAGCUCUGCCUGCCUCCACCUCCUGAAGGAGGAAUGGAAGAAAAAGGUAGUAGUCCCAGCAGAGUAAAAAAGCAAAUCAGAUUCAGCGACCACAAAGAUGUGUUUCACUACCCUAAGCAGGAUACGGUCUAUGAAUAUAGGUAUGAAGAGGAAGAACAGGAGGAGGAAGAGGAGCAAGUGGAUGAGACAGAGGAAGUAGUAGGUGAUGAAGACCCACUGAUGGAGGCCGAGGCUCUCAGUUUUAGUUGUGACAUCUGUAGUAAUCCAGAAGCAGAAGAAGAGAUGGAAGAAGAGUACAUUCUACUGUCUCAGUCUGAAGAGACAGACAGCUUCACCCCACCAGUUAUGUCUGGGGAGCUGGGGAUUGGGAGUUUUCUCAGGAUGAGAAACAGGAGAGAGACAGAGGGCAGAGUCAAUGAAGAAACUAGCUCAUCCUAAACUAGCCUCUCUAGCCCUUUGACCUUACUGAAUGUUCUGAAUAUUCCCAAGAAUGUACCUCUCCUUAUGCAAAUCCCCGUUUUAUAUCCUGUCUCCUUGCGUCACAAGACAGAAGAUGCUGCUCAGUGGGUGGAUUUUGUGAUCCUAACUAGACUACCUAAUACCCUAAUAUUCAUGCUGCUUUAAAGAAAACCAUUUACCCACAAUUCACCAUGUCCUUUGAUGGCAGACAUCAAACCAUCUGACUCUAACCUUAUUCCAAUAUGGCAGUCAAGCAUUGUAGAGACCCUGGUGUCCUCUGGGAUAGAUUGUAAACAGAGAGAGAGAGCGCAGGGACCCACAAAUGAGUAAACAGAUGUAGAUCGGUCAAGUCCAGCUUUUGUAUCUCAGAUCUAUUAAAGUGGACACAUUCUAUUAAAAGGUCAUAUGAAAAAUAUUUUUUCAAACCAGCAACUAUUAAGCCCAGAAUGUAUUUGUAAUAAAAAAUGAAUUGUCCAUGA